AUGUCUUCUAUGAUUACAAGUACGGCCUGGGUGCCACGCGGGUUUGCGGCACCCUUUCCAACAAAAUACAACUUUGACGAGGAGGAAUUCGAGCGCAUCGCAAGCCUGGCCAAGCUCCAGCUUGACGACGCGCAAGAAGACCUAGAGGAAGCGCAACAGGCGGAAGCAGAGGCAGAAGCCGCGGCGGAGUCUGGGGCGGAAGAAGAAUUAAAAAAGGAAAAGAAGAAGACGAAGAAGAAGAAGCAGGGAAAAGAAGAAGAGGAGGGGGAAGCAGCAAAUGAGGAUGGGAAAGAUGCUUCAGAUAUCGAGAUCGACGACGACCUCAAGGAAUACGACCUCGAACACUACGAUGACGAUGACGAGCCACAAGGCGAGGGCCAACCCAUGGGCAUGUUCGGCAACGUCAAGUCGCUGGCCUACUACGACUCCAACAAGGACGACCCGUACAUCACGCUCAAGGACGACGCCGAAGACGACGAAGAAGACCGCGAGGACCUGCAGAUCCUCGCGACCGAUAACCUACUGCUGGCCGCUAAGGUCGAGGACGAGCUUGCCCACUUAGAGGUGUAUGUUUACGAAGACGCAGCCGACAACCUGUAUGUCCACCACGACAUCAUGCUUCCCGCGAUACCACUCUGUGUCGAGUGGCUAGACCUACCUGUCAGCAAGCCGGGCGUGGACAAGGAUUCGACGGGGAACUUCGUGGCCAUCGGCACGUUUGACCCGGAUAUUGAGAUCUGGGACCUCGACACGAUCGACUGUAUGUACCCUAACGCCAUCCUCGGGCAAGGCGGCGCCAAUGGUGAAGAGGACAAGAAAAAGAAAAAGAAGAAGAAGAAGUCGAAAAAGGCCAACGAUUCGUACCAUGUCGACGCCGUACUGGCACUCUCGGCAAACCGCAAGCACCGCAACCUGCUCGCCUCCGCCUCGGCUGACAAGACAGUCAAGCUCUGGGACCUGCACACAACGCAGUGCGCCAAGUCGUACAACUACCACACCGACAAGGUGUGCGCGUUGGCCUGGCACGCGGUUGAGUCGACCGUCCUCCUCAGCGGGAGUUACGACCGCACCGCCGCGAUAGCCGAUAUGCGUGCGCCCGGCGAGGCGCCUAUGAAGGUCGGCGUCGAAAGCGACGUGGAGAACGUCCGCUGGGAUCCGCAUAACCCCAACUUCUUCUACGUCUCUACCGAGCGCGGCAUCAUCCACUACUUUGACGUGCGCACUGCCUCCGCUGACCCGGCCGCUAGCAAGACGGUCUGGAAGCUGCAGGCCCACGACGAAUCCGUCUCCUCCUUCGACCUAAAUCCCGUCAUCCCGGGCUUCAUGGCCACCGGCUCGACCGACCGCACCGUCAAGUUGUGGAACAUCAGCCCUCAGGGCCCGUCUCUUGUCGUCUCGCGCGACUUUGACGUUGGUAAGGUAUUUUCUACAAGCUUCGGCCCCGACCAAGAGGUCGCUUUUCGCCUCUCCGUAGCUGGGAGCAAGGGUACGGUGUCCAUCUGGGAUACCAGCACCAACGCCGGUGUGCGCAAAGCGUUUGGCCAACGAGUCCCGGCUAAGGCUGGUGGAGCGGGCGGUGAGGGCGAAGAGGAGGAUCGUCUUGUAGGUGUGGAGGACGAUGAGAGCAGUAGCAGCGAUGAGGGCGAGGAUGAUGAUGAGGAUGAUGAGGCCGCGCUUAGUCACGACGGCGACUCAAUGGAUGAGGACGAAGACUAG